GCAGCUAUGCGUUCGUUAGAAUCUCCCGAAAACCGUUUCUUCCAUUUCCUCUCUCUCUCUCUCUCUCUCUCUUUCCCCUUCCUCCCUCCCUCGAUGGACGAAAAGAGCAUUUCAUCCAACAAUGGGAAGCAAUUAGAGACGAGCAAGGCGGAGAGAGCGGUGUUUCUGAUGAAGUGCCCUCCGGUGGUCUCUCGCUGCCUCCAAUGCCCCCCUCCCUACUCCUCCGACGCCGCCGCCCGCCCCGUCGCCAAGGUCCUCGUCUCCAUUGACCCUCUUCGUCCCGACGACGACGACUCCAGUCAGUUCACCAUGGAAUUGGCGGGUCCUCAAUCUGGAAAUUUACCCAAGUGUUUCUCUAUGUACAAGUAUGCAAACUUCGUUCCAAUGUCUGUGUUUUCUGAGUCAUCACAAGGAGAACUUUCUGUUGAGGGAAAAGUACAUCAGAAAUUUGAUAUGAAACCUCAUAGUGGAAAUAUUGAGGAGUAUAGGAAACUCUGUCGUGAAAGGACAAAUAAAUAUAUGACAAAAACUAGACAGAUACAGGUGAUUGAUAAUGAUAAUGGAACACAUAUGCGGCCCCUGCCAGGAAUGCUUGGUCUGAAGGUUUCUGGACCCAGUGAUAAGAAGAAAGUACCAGUGAAAGGAUCAGACACGAAAAGAACAAGAAGGGACCGUGGUGAGAUGGAAGAGAUCAUGUUUAAGCUCUUUGAGAGACAACCAAAUUGGACGUUGAAACAACUUCUACAUGAAACAGACCAACCUGAACAAUUUCUGAAAGAUCUGCUCAAGGACCUUUGCGUGUACAACAACAAGGGAGCUAAUCAAGGAACUUACGAGCUCAAGCCAGAAUACAAGAGAUCCGUGGAGGGACUGGAUUCCAUCUAAAUAGCUGCAAUGAUAUGCUUACUCAAAUAUCCAAACAACAUUAGUAUAAUAUGUAUAUAGUUCUUAAAGACUGCUGCAUCCUUAUCCUUGCUUAGACUGACUUGGCUGCACGAGAGAGGCUUCUUUCUGUAUGAAUUUUUAGUUGAAAGUGACUCUAUAUGCUGCUGCAGCAGUUUUGGGUUUC